AUGGAAAGAAUCCACAUCUGGGUCCUCUCUAUUUCUUUCAUUCUCCUUCUCCCCCUAUCGAAUUCAGUUGAUGAGGAAGUAAAGCAGACCCUCCUCACCUUUUUUCAGCGUCUCUCCAAUGGCAACCAUUCAGCUGAUCUCAGCUUCGGUUGGAACUCUACCUCUGAUCCAUGCGACGAUCGCUGGAAAGGGAUCAGUUGCGAUCCCCGAUCUUCUUCCAUUAAGAAACUAGUGCUCGAGAACCUAGGCCUCAGAGGGACUCUGGAUGUCAGAUCCAUCUGCACCAUCCAAACUCUUGGUGUCUUGAGUGUUCAAAACAAUUUCAUCCAUGGAGAGCUCCAGCCAGAGAUUGAAAACUGUCAGCAACUGACCCACCUCUAUAUCAACCAAAACCAAUUUUCAGGGCACCUCCCCGACACUCUGCCGGGCUUGAAUAAUUUGAAGAGGCUCUUUAUUUAUGAAAAUAGCUUCUCAGGUGAGUUGCCGGAUUUGCCCAAGAUCUCGGGCCUGGUAUCGUUUCUUGCUCAAUACAAUCAUCUCACUGGGAAAAUUCCAAAAUUCGAUUUCUCCAACCUUCAGGGCUUCAAUGUCUCCUUCAACAAUUUCAGCGGUCCAAUUCCCAAACCGACCGGUCGUUUCGAUGAUAGCAGCUUUUUGGGGAAUCCUGAAUUGUGCGGAAAGCCGACUUCCAAGCAAUGUCCAAAUUCAAACCUUCCGGGAGGACAACAGGUUCCCAUGUUGGGAAUUUGA